AUGUUUCUUCUUUUCGAAAGUAUCGUGGAUGCAAAAAUCUCAGAGUCAAUUAAACUGUAUAAUGGAUCGGAGGCAUUCAAAAGGUGGAAAGCGAAAAGCUCUCCCAGCAAAUUUGCCGUAUAUCUCUACAAUCUAACAAACUCCAAUCAGGUGUUGGCCGGCGGAAGACCGAAUCUUACAGUUAUUGGCCCAUAUGUUUACUGGAAGGAAGACGAAAAAUUAAAUAUCUCCUGGACAAGUGUGGACGGCUCCCCGGCCAUUUCCUACUUUAAGCGCAGCAUCUACAUGUUUGAUCCCAAGCUCUCCUCAGGGGAUCCGAAAUCUGACAAAAUUAUAUCAGCUAAUCUUCCAAUUUUGGCCAUAUCAGCUGCCAAUAAUGCAGGUCGGGGUCCAAGUGCAGACACAAUAGAGAUGAUGAAGUUUUUUACAAGUCCCAAAAUCUUCACCAAGCAGAGUGUUGAUGCAUUUCUUUGGGGUUAUGAGGAUACAACUCUGAGCAUGUGCAAAUUGUUUUUGCCCCAAAUUUGCAAAAAUGAUCGUGUAGGACUUCUCUCAAGCGUAGGUUUAUCUGGAAAAUAA